AUGAACAUUGAAAACACGGACACGGUCUUCAUUGGUGCUCCUGAGCCCUGCAGAGCAGCGAAGCAGUCGAGUAAUGUGAGCAGCGGCCGCGCACUGCAUGGGAAAGCCGAGUCACCAAUGCAGAACCCCUCAGCGCUGUUCGGGAUGGUCAGCCACUGUCAGUCCCCGACUUUCACCGACUUCACCGGCUUGUCGCUCUCCGUGUACGGCAGCAAGGCGGACGUCUGUCCGCGGCGGGCCGGGAGCGGUGGUUUCGGGUCGCAGAUUUGCCGGAGCUCCCAUGACACCCCGGCGCACAUGAACUGCGCCAGCCCGAAGACACUCAGCACCGCGUCCGAGGAAAAAGCGCACCUGGCGGCCAAGGCUGCGCGGUCGUGCCUCUCUUUCCCACCCGUCCAAGCGAAUACUCCCUACUGCUCAGAAAAGGAUUUAGAGAGUGAGCUGGGUGACACUGAGGGCACCCUGAUGCGAUGUGGGCAGAGCUUGCCACUGCUGGUGGGGGGUCAUUUAGGGGGGCUUUAUACCCAGAGCCUCCACAGCAACAGACCUACACCCGACCUCAUUCUGCAGGACGGCCCUCACCAAGACACCAGAUCCUCCUCUGCCUUCCAGAGGACCCUGCCAGGGGCCUCACCCGGCCUGGGCUGCGGUGGUGCCAACGGGACUCGCUCUUCACUCCCUUACCCAAUCAAACAAGAGAACUCAAUGGGCUACAAGAUCUCAAACUCAGCGUCCGGGGUCCAUAGCACUUCUCCGGCCGGGUUUCAGAACUGCAGUGCGGGCCAAGUUUUGGGGAUGCCGAGGGACAAUAUAGUUGGAGCGCCGCAUGUUAGCAACAGCGGCGGUGGCGUAUGCACAGUGAGCGGUGUGUCAGGGAACGCAGUGCAACCGUUUAAUAAUGAAGAUGGCUCCUCCCCGCUGGCUUUGUCCCCGACUGGCUCCCGUCAUUCAGCGCGGCUGCUCAGUGCUACCAGUCUGAGGAGGCGCUGCCUGUCCCUGGCCUCACCGUCCACCUCCGCUGCUGGCAGUGUUGCUGCCGCCGGUUCCCCAUUGGCUACCGACGUUUCCUCCGAGGAGAUCAAUAUCACCGCCAUCAUCUGCUCCUCCUCCCAGAUGUCGAUGGUUGCCUGCGUCAACGGUUUCCGCACAAACCUCUCGCCCAACCACGCCAGCAGUGCCGGCUUCUCCUCCUCUUCCUCCUCCUCUUCCACAUCGCCACUCUCUAACUCCUGCUCACAGGAAGCCCCCCAGAGGCCCCCACCUCACGGAAGCCCCCAGCAGGCCACGCUACAGGAGAGCUGUCAGCUAUCCUCACCGGCCACCUGCCUGCUGUCCCUUUCCUCCUCCUCGUCCUCCUCUUCAGUGUCAUCAGUGGAGACGGAGCAGGGCCAGGGGCUGUGUGAGGAGCGGGGCUCCAUGCUGCCAGGGCGUGGGGCUGGAGGAACUGCCGGGGGAGGUGUUGGAGGAGGAGGCUCGGACGGGUUGGGGCUACUGAUGAGUGGGGCCCUGAUGUCUGGGAUGCUGCAUUCGGGACCAGAAGUUGGGGUCCUCCUUGACGGUGGCCAAAGAUCAGGUGCUGCCCUUAAACAGGAGCCUCUGGAUGAUUUUUCUCCUAGCGAAGACGAACUCUUUCAGCACCACUAUCAUCGUCACCAUCACUUGAGUGGCCGCAGCGGGCACCUUCGUCAGCCUCACCACCCCUCUCGCCCUGCGAUGCCUCCACCCUAUCACCUGCACCAAUACGUGGGGCCCAGUCCUGGGGGCCUGCUCCACCACCAGAGCCAGCAAACAGUACCAACCUCUUGCCUGGGACUCAAACCGACCUCUGGAGGCCCUCCUGGGUCUCACACAGCCCCAGAGCGGGAAGAAGUCGGAGGAGGAGCAGUAGCUGAUAAGCAGGUGUGUCGCUGGAUUGACUGCAGUGCUGCGUACGAGCAGCAGGAGGAGCUUGUGAGGCACAUUGAGAAAGUCCACAUCGACCAGCGCAAAGGUGAGGACUUCACCUGUUUCUGGGCAGGCUGCAUUCGUCGCUACAAAGCCUUCAACGCCCGCUACAAACUGCUCAUUCACAUGAGAGUCCACUCCGGAGAGAAACCUAACAAGUGUAUGUUCGAGGGUUGUAACAAAGCGUUUUCACGUCUGGAGAACCUGAAGAUCCACCUGAGGAGCCACACAGGAGAGAAGCCGUACCUGUGCCAGCACCCCGGCUGCCAGAAAGCUUUCAGCAACUCCAGCGACCGCGCCAAGCAUCAGCGUACUCACCUGGACACGAAACCGUACGCAUGUCAGAUCCCUGGCUGCACCAAGCGCUACACAGAUCCCAGCUCCCUACGCAAACAUGUCAAGAUCCACUCGGCCAAAGAGCAACAGGUGCGUAGAAAGCUUCGGCCCUGUCCUCACCUGGAGCAGGACGUCCUGAGUGACUGUCUGUCCAUGCAGCACCUCCAGAGCUCCGCCUCCUCGCAGCACCUCUACAACGGCAAAGAUGUCCGUUCUCCUGGACUGGGCCAAGACAUCUUCACAGGCCUGUACGCUGGCUCCAGCACCCCCCAUCACAGCGCCUCAGUGGAGCUCCUCUCCUCCACCCCCAACCCCACCUCUGUCUCCACCGCCGACCUGCCCUCCCGGCAACACCGACUGGACCGGGAGCUCGGCAGCCCUCAUCACCUGUCCCCGCUGGCUGCCAUGGACGGCACAAGAGACGGGGUGUCGGGUCCCCUCAUGUCUCCGGGAAUGAAGGGAACGGGGACACCUCCUCCUCCGCUGGAGAAGCAGCUCGUCCACCCGCACCACAAGCCCUACUCUCACUAUCACCACCAUCAGUCUGCCAACGACGAAUACCAAGGCAGCUUUCAGAGCUGCUUCCAUUUCGGAGACUCCUACAGGAUGGAGCAGACGGUCGGCGGCGUCCACGUCCCAGCAGAUCCUCACGCCUACACUUCCCAUCAGCACAACGGCUACCACAUGCCGACUAGCAACACCGGCACUGCAGGCUUCAACCUGACCCAGGAGCUUCAAGGCGGCGCCGGCUGCCAGUUCUCCAGCCCGGAGGAGAGCAUUUUCUUCCAGGUGGGCAACUUCGACCGCAGCCUGAGCCACAUGCCCUCCGUCUACACAGAGACAUGAAGCUACACGGGAGGAGGGAGGCUCGCUUCACCACUCCUACUCUACGGUCCUUCGUCCUCACACUUGGAUCCCCUCGGCUCUACUUCCUGUAAAAGCUUAUUUAGCUUUCAGAUGGACGUGAACCCAGCAAGAUGAAACGGACGCAUACUGCAAUCUGAUUAACUACUUGUCUUGUUUACAAAGUAGUUCCCCACCAUUAAGGUUCAUGUGUAAAUGAGGAUGUCUCAUAUGAAUCAUUUUUACUCACUUUAAAUGAAGGAAUGACAGUCAAAGAAAUUACACAAAGUCCUUUUUUCUU